CCUAAAUGAGAAGUUAAGUUAAGUCUCGUUCCUCCACGUCUUUCACCUCUGAAGCGGGUCUAUGAUGACACGACUGCGUGGCAGUGUGAUGAUGGUCCUGAUUCUGGUUCAGAUGAAUGGGGUUCGCUCUCAGGACCCUCGGGACCCUCGGUGGCCGCUUCACACGAUCUGCGACUCCGGAAAAAUCACGGUGACCUACACGAGCUGCGAUCCUUUGCAGGAUGUAGGUUUCACUUUCCUGCCUUGCCCUGAGAGAUUGACCGACCUCAUAAAGAUCAGACUGGCCUUGUUUCUGAGGCAGCCCGUCGACGAGCUCUAUUCAUCAUACGAGCUGUGGCUAAAUGGUCACGCAAUCUUGAAACGGGACGAGCCCCUUUGUCUUCCUCAUUUCCCGCGUUUCAAGUUUUGUGGAAGCAGGAGAGGAGAAAUCAUCACCAUCGAUUCAUCAUUUAAGUCAAAAAUAGAUCUCUCUCUAAAGGCUAACUUUGAUCUCAAACUUCGUGCAGUAAAUCAAGAUGGCUUCCUGAUCGCCUGCGUGAAUGCAACCCUCAGCUUUCAUUGACGCCCGUUAAACUGAGGGGUUGUUGUUAUAUUGCUGCAUUUUUAAAGAGAUCAGUUGGUGUUUGUACAGUAGUCUUUCAUUUUAUUGUUUUGCCAUGGUUCCCGAUCUUUGCUAUUUUAAAAUCCAUUAAAAACUGAAUAC